AUGGCCAUCACCAUCUUGCCUAACGCAAGCGAAACGGCCUCCGUCACGUCCAUCUACAAUGCCUCGCGCACCAAAAUCAUCUUUGUCACCUUGGCGUUUGUGAUCUCGUUGGUGUCCUUCGUGUCCCAGACGGAAAUCACGUCCCAGGCGUACCAGCUCGGGUUUUCCGAGCCUGUGGUGUUGUUGUUGGUGACUCACGGCUCGUGGUGGGUGUUCUGGCCCAUCCAGGCGUUUGUGGUGUCGGUGUACAAGACGUACGCCAAGUUCACCAGCCCCACCAACCGUGAGUUCACCAUAAGCAACAACAUCGGCAGUGGCAUGCACGCCCAGCGCAUGAGCACCCACUUGUUGGAGGAGGAAAACGACGUCCGCCAGCAGAUCGUGCCCACUCAGAAGGUCAACUACUGGAAGUACUUCAAGAAGUGCAUCGUCAAGCAGUUCCACAACGUGUAUCACACGUCCAUCUUGAUCUACGAGGCUAACGUCAACGGCGAUACCAGCACCAGCCACUUGAACCAGUUGAUCGACCAGAACCCCCACAUCUCCAACACCAGCUCCAUUACUGCGUGCGUCAGGACGUUCUUGGCCACCCCUGCCAUCCGCUACAUCUUGUGGAAGAGUUUCUUGAUCACCUUGGUGUUGACGGUCGCUGGCAGCACCUGGUACGGUGCCAUGUCCAUGACCUACGCUGCAGACGUCACUGCCAUCUACAACUGCUCGGCAUUCACUGCCUACGCGUUUGCCAUCCCCAUUCUCCACGAGCGCUUCUCGUGGCUCAAAAUGUCCUCCGUCAUCAUCGCUAUCUCUGGGGUCUUCAUUGUGGCCUACUCGGAUGCUGGCUCCGACGAGGACACCGAGUAUCCCUAUAGAUUCUGGGGUAAUUUGAUCAUUUUCGCAGGCGCCAUUCUCUACGGCUACUACGAGGUGCUCUACAAGAGAUACUUGUGCAUCCCACCCCAUUUGACCAAGUUGAUCACACCUCGUCGUCAGAUGACCUUUGCCAACUUCGUGAUGGGACUUCUCGGGUUUUACACCUUUCUGAUCUUGUUCAUAUUGAUUGUGCUCGCCGAUGUUUUGGGCAUUCACAAGUUCAAUUUGAUUCACUACGGGGAAAACACCAGGGUGAUUUGGAGUUGUAUCAGCGGGUCUAUUAUCUCCAAUAUAAUCUUUAGUGCGUCGUUCCUUUCGUUGAUGGCGUUGACCAGUCCUGUUUUGUCCUCAGUCAGUUCUUUGGUUACCAUUUUCUUGAUCGGAUUAGUCGAGUGGUGGCUAUUUGGCAACAGCUUGAGUUUCCAGCAAUUGUUGGGUGAUAUGUUUGUGAUAGUUGGCUUUGUCUUAUUGACGGUUGCUUCCUGGAAGGAAAUCAGCGAAGGCAAUGAUAACGACGAUGUGGAUGCCAUCAGUACCUAUUCAUUUGCGCUCAGUUACGAUGGUUAG